AUGGCCGCUGAGGCAUCCCAAUCUGCUGCUGAACCCGCCGCGACGCCGGCGUCUAUCUCUGCAGCGCCCGUCAUACCAACUACUCACUGGACACAACCACAGGGCGAUCAAAGAGAUGAUGAAGGGGAAGAAGACUAUUUCGAUGAUGGGGAUUCCGCUCUUGGCGAUGACGCCGCUAGCACGACCGCCUCGUUGUCUGCGAGCAUCUUAGAAUACCGGACGUUGCACGGGCGGACAUAUCACUCGUUGCAAGGCACGGCUGAUCAUUGGACGCCAAAUGAUGACGCGCACCUUGAAAGCAUGGACUGCGUCCAUCACCUUCUCACGCUUUUAUUUGAUAAUAAGCUGUGCCUGGCACCCGUUCCCGAGGGACCGAAGAAGGUCCUUGAUAUAGGCUGUGGAACUGGAAUCUGGGCAAUUGAUUUUGCAGACGCCCAUCCCGAGGCUGAGGUCAUCGGCACUGACCUAUCUCCCAUGCAACCGGAGUGGGUACCUCCAAACCUCAAGUUUGAGAUUGACGACUGCACACAGCCAUGGACAUACGCAGAGAACUCCCAAGACUUCAUACACAUCCGCUACCUCUUCGGCGCCAUCGAGAAAUGGGAUGAGCUCUACCAGCAGGCUUAUAGGGCGUGCAAGCCCGGCGGAUGGGUCGAGAUUGUCGAUCCCUCGGUGAACUUGCGGAGCGAUGAUGGAAGUGUGAGGGAAGGCACCGCCAUGUACGACUGGGGCCGCCUAUUCAACGAAGCAGCUACAAUUAACAAACGUAGCAUGAGCAUGGUCGACGAUGGGAAAAGGCUAGAGGAUUUCAAGAAAGCCGGGUUUGUAAAUGCCCAAUCGAGAAGGUUCAAGCUCCCUGCAACGCCGUGGGCCAAGGACCACAAGAUGCAACAGCUCGGCGCGUUCUCUCAGCUUGCUAUGGAGCAGGAUCUCGACGGCUAUGCUAUGUUCCUUUUCACAAACGCCCUGGGUUGGUCCCCGCAGCAGGUAACCGUCUACCUGGCCCGAAUGCGCAAAGAAAUGCGUGAUAUGCGGAUGCAACCGUACUUUAUAGUCGAAUCAGUAUACGGGCAAAAGCCGUAG